GCCCCUUGGGGCACAGAAGCAACAACCGUAAGGUUUCCAUUUUAUUUUUGAACAGAAAGGUAGGGAGGGCGGCAAUGAAGAAGCGAAGCUCCUGAUAAAGAGGCAUGAUUCCAGAGCUCAAGUGCCGAGAGGAAUCAUGUUGCCGCUUAGCAUCAAGAAGAGCAUCUCCGUCCUCCUUUCCGAAAAUACCCAUCUAAUUCGGUUCUCCUCUGCACCGUCACCAGCCUCUAAAGCCCUGGACCCUUCAUCUCCUACGUCCAACCUCAUAGCUCAGUGCCUAAUAAACUCGUGUGGGUUCUCCUCACAAAAGGCAUCCGCUGUCGUCAAACACAUCCCCAGGUCAACCCUCGUCGGCAACGCCCGCUCUGUGAUGCAUUUCUUCAAACACCACGGCGGCCUCACCGAAACCCACAUUCGCAAGCUCAUCUCCAACUACCCCUCCAUCCUAAACGCCGAUGUCGACAAAACCCUGAACCCCAAUCUCCAAACUCUUCGGGAAAUGGGCUUCGGUGAAGACGAGCUCCCGCUGCUCCUAACGUCCAAUCCCCCUGUCCUUGUUAACCCUUUGGCAAUCCCUCGCCUCGAUUUCUGGCAAUCCCUUAUUGGAACCGUUAGUAGGAAGGAACUCGCAUUUAUCUUCAGUAGGAACCGGGGUCUCAUCUCUCAGGUCAUAGAUUCAUCGAUUGCCCCGAAGAUUAUCCUUUUGAAGAGUCACGGCAUUCCCGAGACCGAAAUAAUCCGAAUAAUCAAGAGGGGUCAGGGUCUUAUCAGUAGGAGCUUGGGAUCAAUUGAGGCUCUGUUGAGGAGAGUACAGGAACUAGGGUUCGAUGUGAAAACUCCGAUGUUUGGGCAAGCAUUAUCCGCCCUCAGUGGCGUUAGAAUGGAUAAUGUUGAAGAGAAGAUGGAGUUCUUUAAGGGGUUUGGGUGGUCGGAAGAGGAGUUCCUUUCUGCAGUCACAAAAGCCCCUUACCUUUUGCGUAUCGCAAAGGAUAAUGUAGUGGAGAAGAUGGAGUUCUUGGUGAAGGAAGCAGGGUGCGAGCAGUCUUGCAUUGCUUCGAACCCCUUGCUCCUAAUGUUCAGUUUGGAGAAGAGGUUGAAGCCUCGGAAUCUCGUGCUGCAGAUCUUGAAGUCAAAUGAAAUUGUUCAGAUACGGACCCUUUCAUACAUCAUGUCCCUCUCAGAGAAAACUUUCUUACAGAAUAUUGUUCUCCGUCAUAAGGAACAAGUGCCAAAGAUCCAUGAGAUUUAUCUCGCUGCUUGUGCUGGUAAACUGCCGAUCUGAGUGAUAACAGCGAAAGAGGCUUCUAUUGCUAAGCUUCAUUUUAUAGUCCGUCACCUUGGGGGGAAAAGAAGAAGAGAGUAAGAAGAUGGAAGAUUCUUAAGGAGGUCAUGCAUCUCAGAUUUAGUGGAUCACUCUACGGAGAUGAUGAUGGCGAUGAAGAUAAGUUGGAUAUGCACGAUCCCAGGGCAAGCACCGGUAGAUAUGCCGAUUCAUAGGGAGGAUAUUGUAGAGAUCAAUAUUGUUUGAGUUUAAUUUUGGAUCUAUCAGUGAUUUAUGUGUACUUAUUAUUCCUUUUUAUUUGUAUAUAUGCAUCUGAUCAUGUGUUUUCUUUUGAA